UGUGUUAUUUUACCUAAUGUCAUUAAACGUCAACUUAAAAUAACCUAUUCAUUAUUUUUUUGUGUAUCUGACCGUUAACUUUUUAUUAACAACCAAAAUGGAUCAGACACAAAAAAGGGUUGUCCCACCGGUUCUACGAAAAAUUUUGACCCUAGAUGAACAAUUAACAGAGAAAUUCGUUUUGUGGAUGAACAAAUUUGUUACUUUUCGUUCUAUGAAAGUCCAUUACAAAGCAUUAGAGAUAAGUUGUCAUGGAAUUCCAUGGUUAGCUUUUUGGAUAGCUUUCACAUGGCUUUUUGAUAACCAAAACUUAGUCCAAAUGCAAGUAAACAUAAUCUUGGGUCUUUUAUUAGAUAUAAUCUUAGUAGCUUUAACAAAAGCUUAUGUACGUAGACGUCGUCCAAAAGCUCACAUUAAAGACUCCAUGGAAUUGGGUCCGGACGUGUUUAGUUUUCCUUCGGGUCACGCCAGCCGAGCUGUGUUUGUAGCUUACUUUUUUAUUUGUUUGCAAUCAGCACAUUUUAUCUUUUACGGCCCGUUAAUAGCUUGGGCCACUUCAGUAUCAAUUAGUCGUGUUUUAUUAAAUAGGCAUCAUAUUUUGGAUGUUUUGGCGGGUGUUUUAUUGGGAUUAAUCGAAGGAGUACUUGUGGGAUGGAUUUAUGUUGAUGAUUCAACAGCAAAAUGGUUAAUGAAUUAUUUAAGUGAUGAGAAAUUAGAUGGAGGAGACUAUCAUGUUUGAUUAUCCAAAGAUAAGAUAUAUUGUUGAAUUUUAACAGUUAUUAUAAAGAUAAUAAAUUUUUUUGUUACAAUUCA